AUGGCAUUUUGUUCUCAUUCUAGGUACAGCUUUGAAUCUGAUGGAAAUAAACCAGCGAAUCAAGAUAAUUUGGCUACGCAGGACGCAUCUGUUCAACAUUUAAUGAGUUAUUAUCAAUGUCGUCAUUAUGGAUGGAUUAAGAAACAAGGCGGUAAUCAUAAAAAUUGGAAAACUCGGUUCAUGAUAUUGUGUCAGGGAUGUUUAUAUUACUAUGAGAACGAACAAUCAGUCAAACCGAAAGGCCAUGUUGUCCUUAAUAACUACAGAGCCUGUCCAGCUCCAGAAAUGAGAAAAAUGCCAUGGGUUUUUAAAUUACUACAUCUUCAUCCGUGCAUGAGGACGUACUACGUCUCCUGUAAAAAUAGAGAUGAAAUGCUGCGUUGGAUCGAAAUGAUCGGGAAAGACAUUGAAGUUUAUUGUAGCAGUGAUGACUGGGGUCACGGAUAUGAAAAAUAUGAUGAAGAAAGCAAUCCAGAAAACCAAAGAAGAAAUUACUUUCAAGAAAGCGAAAUUCCUGUAAAUAUAAAUGAUAAUCCACCAACUGCGACAGAAUCUAGUGACAUGAUAAAUUUCAAUUAUGACCAACAGAUUGACGGGAUAAUUAAAUCUAAAGAUUUCUUCCACGAAUAUCAAGUUGCACAUCCCAGUUCCUUGAAGCCAUGGCAAACGGAGUUAUCACAAACUUCACAAAUAGACAAAUUACACUAUUUACCAAAGUCAACAUUUAUAGGAAAAGCUGAUGUAAGCCAAGCCUUAAGACUAUUAUACCACCAACCGUUUCAGGAAGGGCUCUAUUUAAUUCGAGAAGGCAAAACUUCCAUAAAUACCACUAUGCAAAAUAUGGAUAAGGGAUGGACUCUAGAUAGGUCUUGCUGGUUUGAAAGACUAGAUCAACUGAUACGAUAUUAUCAUCAUAACAGUUUACCGAACUGUUUAUGUAAGCUGACUCGAGCAUACUCUUCGUAA